CACAGUGGAAGAAGAUCCGAACCAGGAGGCACUGCUCGGUCUGUUAGUCAGGAUAUAAAGGAUAUCAUCACUUCUAAGGCUGCAAACAUGGUUGACAAGUUUGUUGGGACAUGGAAGAUGGUUUCCAGCGACAAUUUUGACGACUACAUGAAAGCAAUUGGUGUGGGUUUUGCCACCCGGCAGGUGGGGAACCGGACCAAGCCCAACUUAAUAGUGUCCGUGGACGACCAGGGGGCUGUUUGCUUGAAGUCUCAGAGCACCUUCAAAACUACAGAAAUCAAGUUCAAGCUCAACGAGCCGUUUGAUGAGACCACCGCAGACGACAGGAAGACACGGACCGUGGUGACUAUGGAGAACGGAAAACUUGUGCAGAAACAGAGCUGGGAUGGCAAAGAAACGAAUAUAGAGAGGGAGAUCGAAGAUGGGAAAUUGAUAGCGAAAUGCAUCAUGGGAGACGUGGUUGCUGUGAGGACGUACGUAAAGGAGUAACAGUGGCGGCUGUUUUUUAAAUUUUUUUCUCUGAGCCCACUCGUUGGACGCAUUGCUGGAUGACAGGCUCAGUUCAAUGAGCGUAAUACCAAACUAAAAGUAACGGCGUGUUUUCUUCUUCCUCUUUAUCCUCACCGUGUUGCCAAAAAGCAGACUUCUGUGCCUCUGUUCUCCAACAUGACACAUUUGGUUUCAUUUGGAAUUGUUGUGGUGAUUUGAAUAAAAACGAAUGAAAAACUUGUCAAA